AUGUUUCCCUGCUCCAACACACCUGAUUCAGCUCGUCCUCUCUGUAGAAGCCUGAUCACACCCCUUUCAUUUGAAGCAGAGGGGGGAAACCCACAGGACUGAAAAUGGACUGGUUCCACUGUAAUCAGUGUUUCACAAGGAGGGGGUCGAAAUUUGCUGUGUCCAGCUGUGGCCACAUCUGCUGUGAAGCAUGCAUUAAAUCUAAGCAGUGCAGCGUGUGUGGGGCCAGCUGCAGUUAUCUGCCCAUCACAGAUGAGAUGAAGCCACAUGAAAAGGUGUUUUUCAAGGACCCUGUGAAGCUCAUCCAAUCACGGCUGGAGCACAUUUCACAGAUUGCGCUUUUUCAGCGGACACAAAUGGAGAAAGUCACGGCGCACUUCAAGCAUAAAUCUGUUGAACUGGAAAGGCGCCUGAAGGAAGUCACUGAGCAGGCUUACGGGCAACUCUCCGAGCUGAAAAGAGAGAAUGGUGACUUAAAAAAGAAGCUUUCAGAGCUGAAAUGGGAGACUGCUGAACUGAAAAAGCCACUUUCUCAGAGGAGGGUUUCUCCAGGACAGUUUCAAAUAGAUGGUACUCAAAGGAUGUCACUCCCUGUGGCUGUCACCUCCCCAGUCACCCCUCGUUCAAGAACCAUGAGUCAAAUAGGCUCAGCAGAGCUGCAGGGGUGGGCCAGAGACAGAGGUCCCAGUCUGUCCUCCCUCAGAACUCCAGGAUCAGCAACCUCCACCCACAGCUCUCUUCAUGAACAUGUACACAGCACACCCACAUCCUUUAGCACUCCUACAAGAACUCAGCGUCAGACUCCUAAUGUUUUCCAGUUCCAGUUUAUGAGUGGAUUAUCAAUACACUCACCCAGGCGUUAAUGAAAUGGCCCCCUGGGGAUAUUUUUGUCAGUUAAGUUCAUCAGGACUGUCACGUCUUUGUUGGGUGAUUAUAAAUUGGUUUUUGCCCAGAAACAGCAAUGACUAAGUGUCUUGUACGUUGUGGGGUAUAGGUACUUAAUAAUUGUUACGUUUAUGUGAACGUUGUACCAUAUGGUUUCUCUGUUUAGGAAUUAACCUGCUACAUUAUCUUACUGGUCAUUGGUUGACUCAUUUUUUUUCUGGCAGCACAAUUAUUAGCAGCAAUAUAUAUCAGAACCAUUUCUGCAGAUGAAUUACACAGCCACUUCUCACAUCACAGAAUUUACAUUGAUGAAAAAAUAAAUUUCAAAAUCAA